AUGGAAAAUCGUCCGAAGAUUGAAAUAGUACGAGUGUCAUCUACGGAACGUGGAAAUUUUCGUCCUCUUGAUGGUGUCCAACUGAGGGCUGCUUAUAGUCACGUGAGAAUUGGUACAUACUGUCCGGAACCGGAAAUUGAAAUGACCUCUUGUGAAAAUAAACCACCGAGUCAUGCUAAAAAAUUUAAAAAAAAUUUGGGACCAGUAUCAAGACUGCUGAGGCGUCGUCAAGGAACGUGCCUUGCCACUAAAUCCUGUGAUAACAUUUAUAAUGUCAAUAGAAAUAGUUCAUCUCUAGAUUGGAGAAUGGGUCAACGUCCUUCAGAUCCACUCAACCCAGGUCGCCAAAGUAGUAGCCUUGAUUGGCGAAUGGGCAGAAGGGUCAACUCUGACUGGCAAGACACGAGUCGUAGUGCUGAGCAUUUAUUAUCACGUAGUCCAAGAUUUGGUGGUCAUCGUACGCCCACAGCAAAAUCAAAAUUAGUUUCGUUACUUCGACGAUUGUCCCCAAGACUUCCCCGACCGGGAAGUAAAAAUUCUUUACCCUCAUCGCCGAUGGUAUGCCCAUGGAUCCGGGUCGAGUAUUCAACAGAGUCCGUGGACGAUCCACGUCACGCGGAAUCCCAAGACAGUGACGUCAGUUACCAGCAGGAGUUACAGUUGAACGAGCUCAGAAAGAGAAUGCUCAGUGCCUCACCCUCGUCCUCGGCUUCUCAGAUGCCAAAUAAUGAAAUUAUUAUCAGCAUUACCAGUGACGAAAAUCAAAAUAUUCAAGGAAAUGAUAUUAAAUUGGCGGAAGAUCCGCUAGAUAAAUCUGUCCACGAGGAUCGCACUCCAGAGGAAAGACGUAGUCGUGGUGGCCACAGUGAGGUGGCGGGUCUGGAAGAGGACGACAGGAAAGACACAACGGUGACGGUGACAGGACUACCGGGUAGUGGUGGUGGCGGUGGGCCCGGUGGCAGGCCUAAUCGUCGCACCAGGCCACUGUCUUUGGCAGUCCAACCGCUACAUUAUCAGCGACUUGACUCUGUGGAGAACGUCAAUAUCAGCAGCGGUGUUGGAAGUGCUGGAGAUACAACUGCAGCUUCUGCAGCUGCAGUUAAACAUCCCAAUAUGACCAGUCAAGAGAGCAUCGGUAGCUGCAGCCUCGACGUCGAUCGCUCUGCAUCCGACCGAUCAGAACCGACAGUUGAUUCUGUGUCGGAGCGAACAUUGCACAGUUUAAAUCUGUCGACUAACGGAGACACAACACCUGCUGGUGGUGAUAGCAGUGAAACAAUAAAAAAGCAUCAUCAGCAUACGCUGGAUAAAACAACGGAACAAAUAAUCCCUGAUAAUUGUGAUAGUAUUAUAAAUGGUGAGAAUGAAACAGCAGCUGACCAGCUGACGGCUAAGAAGCCGAGUUACUUGGGGUUGGCUUGCAGUAUCAGUGGGUACUCGGGUAUUACGAGGUACGAUAGUAAACUCAGGGAAGGAUUCAGAUCUAGAGACAGCAGUCCUGGCUCAAGAUUAAUUACACGUGAAACGAGUCCUGCAGGUUUCCGGUCUAACGAAAAUUUAGGAGUACCAUCGCACAAUUAUCCAACAAAAAGUCAAUCAAUAUCACCAUUAGCAAUGGAUCGUCAAAACGGAUUUACAAAUGGCAAUAAAGAGUGUAAAAUAGAGACAUUUGUUGAGUCACGAAGUACUUUAAAUGUCUUCCAGGGCUAUUCGGAAGUGGAUCGUGGAAUUUCAGUGCAUCAAAAUUAUCCGGACAUCAGUCCGAUUCGCAGUGGCAAUAACGGUUCGGUGAAUAAAAAAAUAACCAUGACAUCAACGGUAAUAAAUAAUAAAACAAAUAAAUCGUUUUCUCCAAACUCUUCAUUUGCGUCAUCACCGCGAGGAUUAAACAGCACGAAUUUGUCAAAUAUAUCGUCUUGCGGCGAUGACAGUUUCUUGAAUGGAUCCUCUAUAGAGAUUGAGAAUCAGACGAUAAAUUUGUCAUCCAGCAGCGAAAAAUCUUUCAUUCAGCAGCGCGUUGAGAGACUCUACGGACCUGGUGCUUUGGCUCAGGGUUUUUUUAAGCGUGCUAAUCAAUCUCAAAAUAGCGACAGCAGUUUUAGUAACAAAUCAUCACUCAAUAACAGCCGCAGUAGUAAUAAAAAUGAUUUGAGUAUCGAUAAUGCCAACAAUGAAGAGUCAUUAAAAAAUUUACCAGUUCUACGUCACUUGAGACCGGAGUUUCGUGCACAAUUGCCGGUUGUAAGUCCACGUAGACCUACUGAUGGAAGUGAGCAGAUUGUGAAGCCUAUGCAUAGGAUAUCUGUUUCAUCAAGGAAAAAUGAUGUUACGGUUGUAGUGAAAGUACCUGCUGCUACAAUAACUUCAACUGCUGCUGCUGCUGGCGCUGAUACUCUUUCUAAUAAUACUACUCAUAUUAUUACAACUGCGCAAUUACUUGGGGCAAAUAAAAAUCAUGAAAAUGAUUCGUUGAAAUUGAGUCCUAGUAUGACAAGUAUUACGGAUCAACAGCCAGCGGCGCCGGAAGUUGUGUUACCUGUUCUUGAGACAAGCGUUAGUUCAACUAGUCUUGUUGAAUUGCCAAAAGCGACACAGGAAAAUAAUGCCGUUGAAGUAAAAGACGGUCAUUAUUUUAUGAAAUUAUUGAAAGCUGAAACUGAUAGACUUUUUAAAUUGGCUGCGUCCGCUGAAGCUCAAUUAGCAAGUGGUGAAUCAUUACCAGAAGAAGCUGCGGGUAAAUUACGAUCUGCUGCUGGUAAAGCUCGAUUACUUGCGACCCAAAAAAUGCAACAAUUUGAAGGACUUUGUCAAAAAAAUAUUACUCAAAUACCUGGUGAAGUUUUCCCGACGACGGAUGAAGACUUAGCUGGCUUCUGGGAUAUGGUAAUGCUUCAAGUUGUCCAAGUCAAUGAUAUAUUUGAUCAUCUAGAGAAAUUACGAAAUUCUCAGUGGCAAGAGGUUGCCGUUGAAAAAUCAGCAGCAACGCGAACCCAAAACGGCAAUAAUACAAAACGUCGUGUUGUCAUAAAUCAAAAACCAAAAUCAACAGUAACGAGUGAGGCUAAUCGUAAAGCACGUGAAGCACGUGAACAAGCACGUCGUCAAAUGCUUGAGGAUCGUAGAAAAUCAAUGAAAAAUCAGAAUCAACAAUCUGUUGAAAUCUUUGCUCCGAAAACAUAACAGCAGGCUGUUUGUUUUAGUGAACAUUGGAAUAAUGAGCAACAUAGUCAAAUAUCCUCGAUAGAUGUUGCUGCGUAAAAUAUAAUAAUUUAAAAUAAUUCGUUCAACUGGUUCGUAAAUAAAAAAAUAAAUCUAUUAAUUAAUAGUAUGAAAAAUAAUAAAAAUUUUAUCAAUUUAAUAAGCGUACACAAAAGAAAGUCAUAAAUUAAUAAAUAGUCGCGUUAUUGUAUCGUUAAAUCAAAGAUUCCGAUGAAUAUAUUUAUUAAGAUUUAUUUUAUUUUAUUUUUUUUCAAGCCAUCGGUUGCUCCUGAGACUUGAUAAUUUUUUUUUUAUAUAUUAAAUAGUAAUAAAUAAUAGUGAGUUAAUAAAUUGAUUAGUUAUUAAUUAAGUUGUUUAUAUUAUUGAUAAGAAAGUCAUUUAAAUUUAUUGAAUCGUUUUUAUUGCUUAGACUUAAUGGACCUAAACGACCGAUGAUUUGAAAAAAAAGAAAAAAAAUUCGCCUUCUUGAUUUAUACAUAUAUAUAUUGAUAAAUUUACAAUCGACUUAUUGAAUAAUCUCGGCAUUACUAUUAAAUAUAUAUAUAUUACAAUAAAAAAAAAUUAAAAAAUUAAAAUUGAAUAUAAAAAAAAAAUAUUGCAUGUAAAUAAUUAUUUGCGGUUUUAAAAACCGUAAUUUUUUGCUUGUUGCACUGAUGAGUUAAAGCUUAUUAUCACUUUUAUAUGAAAAAAAAAAAUAAUAAAAGUCAAAAACGAUCACAAAUUAUUUAUUUUAUAGAAAAGAAAUAAAAAAAAUCCCCUUUUUUUACUUACAGUUAAUGACAAGAAAAAAAAAGUGUGUCUUUGUGGUCGGUUUCUUUUUUAUUAAUUAAAAUAUAAUAAUCAGUGAUAAUAGAUUAAGUGAAAUGAAUUAAAAUAGAAUGUUGAAUUUAUAAAAAAAAAAAAUUGAUGAGUGAGUGCUUGAUAUAUUUAAUAAUUUUGUAUAUUUUUUUUAAUUAUUUGAGUUUUAAUAAAACUCGUGAGCUGCCUAUCGAUUAUAUUUACCUAAUAAAUACUCAUAAAAUUUUUAAGACGCAAUACUUUUUUUUUUACUGUGUAAACAAUUUGUAAUAGGAGUAGAUAAAUAUUUUAUUUGUAAAUUACAAUUCACGAUGAUGGGUAACAGCGAAUUUUUAAAAAAUUAAUUAAAUUACUGGUUAUGCUAAACGAUAUGUCGGUAGUAAGAGCUCUACAUGACAUUUUAUUAAAUCUGUAUAUACAAUAAAUUUGUGCAGAUAUAUUAUUGUAUGAGUUUUAUUUGUAUGCGUGAGUAAUUAAAUAGAAAUAGAAAUAAAAUAUUAAAAGUGGAAAAAAUAAAAAAAAGUUACGUUAUAAAAUUAUGUAAAUUUACAUUUAUUUUAUUUAUAUAAUAUAAUAUCAAAUUCAAU